UUAAAAAGAAGAAGAGGUAUGGCCUUCCUGUGCCACCCCUCUCUUCCUGCGGGCGCUGUGAAUGGCAGGUCCCGAGACCCAGGCUUCCGCCGGCGCUGGAGGCUGGGCUCGCCGUUGCCCUUGGUCGUGGGUCGUCGUUGGCACCGAGACCGCAGCAUUCACAAUGAACUUAAUUCAGAUUGUACGUGACCACUGGGUACAUGUACUUGUCCCUAUGGGAUUUGUCAUCGGAUGUUACCUAGAUGGAAAGAAUGAUGAAAAGCUAACUGCCUUCCGGAACAAGAGUUUGUUAUUUAAAAGGGAAUUGAGACCCCAUGAAGAAGUCACCUGGAAGUAAAAGCUGUGGUUGAAUUACAGAAUGUUCACAUUUUUAAAAUUAUGACAAAAAUAAAAACAUUAUUUAAUUUGAAGAA